CUUUGCUUUAGCCAUUGUGCUCAUCUGGAUUCAAAAGAGCUGCUUCUGAUGAUAUCUUUUCUACCUAUUCAUAGUUUAUUUCAUUCUACUGUAAAUAUUUACUUUAUUACAAUGGAGAAUCAUGCCCCUCAUGAUUCAGCUGGCACAAUGUAAAAUCAGAUUGUAAUGCUAUCACUAGAGUUUUGCCCCUGGCAUAAAGUCAUCUCUUCGGGAUCUUAAAACUCAAGGGCAACAUGUAGUUUUGAAGUUUUCAGAGUUUUUAGCAUUGGAGAGUUCUCAAGAGAAGAUACCAGUAAUGCAUCUGCCGAAUAUUAAGGUAGCCAAUGAAGAGAGUGUGAAUUCCCUGAAAGUCAAAGAGGAGUGUGUUGCAGUGGUGGAAGCUCUCAACAAGGUAACUUAGUUACAUUACUCAUACGAAAUGUGCUGUUGCAAAAACGUGCUCAAUUAAUUAAUGUGUGUAAUCUAAUAUGAUAAUCAUGUUAAUAGAGCCAUUAACAAUGUUGUUUUAUUAAAACCUUUGUAAAUUGAUUAAAUUAAACAUAAAUCAAUUUAAUUUUUGAUUUAUAGAAAAAGAAUAAAAGAAAAAGAAUAAAAAUAAAUAUAUAUAAUACAAUUUAAAACAAUUUUCUGUAUAUCAUCUAUCUAUAUAGUGUUGUUGUUGGGAUACAUGUUAAAACUAAGAAGUAUAUUCAUUGUCAGUUCAAGGUCAAAUAGACUCUGAAUGGAAGUCAUGUACAAUUAGACAGAAAUAGUAGAAGCACAUAUCCUAGGAUAAGGAUUAGACAUGUAGGAGUAAAUCAGCAGGCUGUAAAGUUCUCGCAAUAUGUAGGAAUUUAAGUAGGGGAAUUAUUUUUCAAUAAUCAUAUAGCCAAUCAUAUGCACAUAAUUCCUGCUAACUUAAUUUCAAACGCAAUAUUUUCCUUGAAAAUUUGUAGGACAAAUUAGCUGAACAGGUAUGAUAACAGGGCUACAGAAUCUUUCUAAUUCAACUACUUUGAUCUUAAAUUUGUCAUUGUGGUGUAAUUUACCUACAACUACUGUUUGAGCCGAUCAAACCCCUGUAUCAUCCUGACUGCAAUGUAAAUCUGUAACAUAAAACAUGUUAUAUAAAAUUAGACACAGCCUCAGUCUGAAUAACUGAAUGUAACAUUUGUUAAUGACUGAUUUAAGAUUGUGUAAACCUAUUGAUAUAGCUGUUUAUAUAGAUAUUUAUGCAUGGAAGUUUGCAAAUUUGUGCUUUUGCAUUUGCUGUACUAUUGACUAUAGCUGUAUUAUAGAUGUACUGUUAAACAUAGCUCAUGAUAUUGCUGUAAAGAAGAUUGUAUGGACAGUAACCAUACAGGCCGCUGCAAGGCCAUCUUUAAUAUUGGUUGGACCCUGGGCAAGCAUUUGCUUGGACUCACUAUGUGCAGUGUUGGCAUUGGAAUGCUGGGAUGUAUGCAUUGCCACAUACACACAGAUGCACACUUACACAAACACUGAGAUACACACAGGAAGACAGACACACAGGUACACAUGCAGUGGUGUAUUUGUGUGCAGUAUUAUUGGAACACAGGAGUGUAUGUGUGUGAAGCGCUGGUGUUGGGUGUAUUUGUGUGCAGUGAUAGUAUUGGAGUAAAGUAGUGUAUUUGUGUGCAGGGUUGGCAUUGAAAUGCUGGGAUUGCCACACUAAAGUGGCAUGAUUAAAUAUCCUUUUUGCCCUCUUUAUUUACAGGCCCACCUGAACAUCGGUUUCAGCACACCACAACCGACUUUAGUUAAUUAUAAGGUAUCAACGUUAAUACGGCUUAUUUCCCUGACCACAAAUGGGAAGGUGGAGCCUGGAGUUGUGGGAGGGGAUUGACCGGCCCAUAUAAGCUCAAACCUACCUCCAUACUGGGCUGAUGUCCACUGGUCACCCCACCUGUAACAGAACUUUACCUUUAGCCUGGAAAUAUUUAUCUCUAACCGAGACUAUGGAUACAAGGGAAUAUGCUUACCUGGUUUAUGUGGAUUAUUGUAGCACAGUUUGGGACUUUUGUUGCCAGUAUUCGUCUAUUUGUGCGAUCCAUGCGGUAGGGACUCAGCAGGCACAAAUACGAAUACAAACUACCGAACACCGGACCACCCUGCUAUUCAAUUAUGUGGUAUGUUACCUCCCAGACCGGCAUAUACCAUUUGUAUGAGAAAUGCACGAAUCCUUUGUUUCAGAUCCUAGGUGGCUGCCAUUUCGGGACUUUUGCACGUGUUCGGGGGCCAUCUUAACACACGAACAGCGGUGAUUUGCCGUCGAGUGUCUGGAACUAAAAUCGGACAAUUGAGUAGGCGAACACCGCUGAAACCUCCAUAACACCGUAAAUUUGUGCUGAAACUACCGAACGCCCUGCCGUUCGGUAGAUAGGAUAUACUACAUACAGGGAUUUCAGCGACCAGCAAGAUAUGCACGGAUGGCAGGAUUUUCGUGCCUUUCCACCGCACGAACGAGGACCGACCGCAAGGCCAAAACUUAUGGAACUAUUUUCGGCUAGUGUGCCUAUGCGGUCGGUCAAAACUUUGAAGUCCCAUAACUCCCAAACACUUUAACCGAAUGGGAUGAUUUUUUAAUAUGUUGUUCCCAUAGAUGAGGGCUAUCUGGGGAUACUGGAUUUAAGGGUGUACCCCAAGUAUAAAAAUGUGUGUGUGUUAAUUAUGUUAACUGUUUAUCUGAGGGGAGGAGACGUGUGGGAUGUACCAUGUUUGUUAUUGGUUACUGUACUAAUUAUGUAGGUGUCGCCCUCCCAAGGGCAGAAUUGCAUAAAAGGAGAAUCCUUGUCAAUAAAACCCAGUUCUGCUUGACCCUUCAAAACGUAACCUCGUCUCGUUCUUGGAAGAGGAUUUGCUGCACAAAUACCUUGCUCCUUUUGACAGCUAUGCAUGACUCUACUCUUGGAUUUCGUGGAUGGGAAUAAGUAACUCCAUUACUAUACAGCAGCUUGCCAGGAAAAGGACGUCUCCAACGCCUGAUACCCCCUUACAACCUGGGUAGCCGUUACACCACCCACCACUCCCUCUAUUCAAUUACUUCUUGGUGGGCCUUCUUUAUUUACAGGCCCGCCCGAACAUCGGUUUCGGCACACGACAACCAACUUUAAUUAAUUCUAAGGUAUCAACGUUAGUACGGCUUAUUUUUCUGACCACAAAUAAAUAUAUAUAUAUAUAUAUUGUGAUCCUUGUCAGCAGGUAGCACGGUCCUCUAGGGCAAAAACAUGCACAGUCCUUGUAAUUCAUAUACUCCAGGCACUUUAUUUGUAAGUUCACACAGGACACAGCAGUUAAAUGAAAACAUAAAUGUAACAAAAAACCCUAUAAACAAAAACCUAGCUCGUCUGAGCACUAACUGACAUAAGUUUCCCUAUCUCUCAGGGUUACACUAAACAAUAUUGCACCAACCUUUUAGAUAGCAACACUCUGCUAUCUAACCUGUUGCUUUCCUUUCUGCACUCCCAGUGCUCCAAGCCAGCUUUGCCCUGACUGCUUUCCUUUCUGCACUCCCAGUGCUCCAAGCCAGCCUUGCCCUGACUGCUUUCCUUUCCGCACUCCCAGUGCCUAGUCUCUUUGACUCUAUCUGGAGAGAUCAGCCUCUCUCCUACCUGCUUCCUGGGAGGAAGCCAGCAAUCCCUCUCCUUUUCCUGCCUAGCCGGGAGGGGUUUAUUACCACUGCAAUAGCUCAUUAACUGCACCUGAGCAGUGGGUUGGAGACGGUCCAAAAAACCCUGGCCUGGAUCUAUGUCUCCACAGAAAACCACUAAACUGUGGAGUGGAGCAUUGGCCCACCCUUCUCUCCAAGUGCUCCACCCCAGGGGCCCAUAACUAAACAAUGCGUUGUGUUGUGCAAAACACAAACUACACAUACUCCCCCUGGGGUUAAAAGGCCUAUCUGCCUUCACUUUAUCACAAUAUAUAUAUAUAUAUAUAUAUAUAAAAAGAAAAAAAGACCUUGCACUCCAACUUAUAUUUUAAUAGACCAGGUGCUCGAUUGCACUAAAUAGAUACAGCCAAAAGGAACCAGCAUUCCCAGAAUUUAUUCAAAAAGCAAAAACUUUUCUUUAUUCCAACGGUCAACGUUUCAGUUCCGCUAGGGAACUUUCAUCAGGACAGAAUACAAACAUGUUUAAAAAUCAACAUUGCUUAAAUAAGGAAAGUAAUCAAGUAAUCUCACAGUUCAGAUGUGCAGGGGGCCGGCCAUCCUCACUUCCGAACAAGUGGGUGGAUAUCUCAAGGAGCAUAUGUCCCUCUGAUUACGCCAAUAUGUUCAAACUGUGGACCGGUUGUCAUAGCAAUUAAUACACAAAUCGCCUAAUUAUGCUCGCUCAGGUUACUUCCUGAAUGCCCGCAUCCUCCAUCUCCAUGGAGACGUCGGGCGCAUGCGUAUUGGACAAACUGCUACCUCUCUGCAUCCGCCCCUCGUACGGGAGCUGGAUCUCACACGCCGUGCUAAAGGAAUACAUUGUGUCAAUGUAUAAAGCCUGUUACAUUACCAUAUACUUCUCUAUGCGAUCGUACUCAGGCUUCCAGUAUAUCUGCUAGCCACUGUCACUACAUACACAAAACUAAAGGUAUAAAAAACCUAAUUGGCAAAUCGUUCUAACUGUGAUUAACCCCAGUGAACACUUUACUUUAUGUCCCAAAACCAAGUGCUCAGUGUAUGUUCUAUUGAAUUAGAAACUAAUAAAGCCUAAUAAGAUGCAAACUAGUAUGUAAUCUGCAACCUCUCCUCUCAAGUACAUCUCAAAGUUCAUAUUACACUAUGUCUAAAAAAAUAAAGUGCUCAUAAUGUUCUAUAGUAUCAAAGGCUAUUCAAGCCUAAUCAUCAAAAUAUUCAUAAAUUCAAUCUGUGCAAAAAAAGCCAUUCUUUAAACAACAAAGUGCCAAGUGCAUAAUGCUAAAGUGAAACUAAUGCUUUGUACGGCCUGCGGACAAAGGUGGUGGCAUAGUGAUACAGAACUACAAAGAUUAUGUAAUGGAAAUACAUAGACAAUUGGAGGAUGAAAAUACCUAUCAAAUUUUAAAAAGUGAUCCUACAAAAGAGAUGGCACAAAAAAUCAUAUCUAAUGUACCAUAUUCUUCCAUGUAUGAGACUAUGUUUUUUUUGUAUUUUCUAAUUUUUUUCAGCUUAAUAUUGAGGGUCCUCUUAUACACGGAAUGUCACUGCAGGGGUUAAAAAAACCAAAAUCACUUGGCUAGUUGCAUGUGGCUGGAGCUCCUACAAAAAUCUAAUUAUUAAGCCAAAUACUUACAGUACUUACGCAAUUUGGGCACAAAACUUGGCUACUCGCUGACAGAACACUCAGCUGACUGAUUCGCUACUGCCAGGUUCCUGUGGGCAUAGGCUGUGUUGUACACCUCUGCGAACUGACAUACUUGAAGCAGAGGAGUUGCUUUUCUGUGAAUUUGAUCGAUUGUAUGGGAGGUCUUGCACAACCGCAUACUUCCUUGCAUCACUCUGGACCACACCAAGACCUCACGGCUCCGGACUACAGAUAGACGCUGCAGGGUGAGACCCUGUAGGGUACCGCUGGCAGAGGACAUCGUUGCCGCCAACAGCAGCCCAGGGAAACAGCGGCUGGACCUUGGGGAGCUGUAUUUCUGUGCCAUAGAUGUUUAAAAUAUGUAUUUCUUAAUUUUGGCUCCAAAACAAAUUAGGGUUGCCUUAUACAUGGGGGCAUCUUAUACAUGAAAUAACACGGUAUGUGACAAAAAAGCUGUCUGACCCCUCCCCCACCAGUAAGUCUCUCCACCAAAUAUGAACCUCUCAUUCUGGUCUAUGAGGUCUAAUCGUACCUUAUAAUAUAUUAUGAAUUGUUUAUCCCCCAGACACAGUUCUAUUCAUCAUACCAGAUGAAUGGAACUGCUAAAUAUACACAGUCCAGUUGAUAGUUUUGUAAACAAUGUGCAGCAAUAUCUGAAUUUGUUAAGGGGCACGAGGUUCAGUCCUUGUAGCUGUGUGACAUGCUCAAACCACAUGCACAAGUUGAACAGAUCUGAUACAGAAAGAGCAAAGCUCCAGGGAGUAGGCUUAUAGCAGCAAUAUUCUUUCCAAAUAAUUUUAGUUAUAAUACAGUAAGGUAAAAUGUAGCCCUAGGGCUUAUACUGAUAUGUUAAUAUGUUAACUACUGAUAACUGGAACAGAUAGUCCAUUCAUUCAACAAUGCAACACCAGGCCUUACUAUGAAAUGGUACAUAGAUAAUAGGUAAUGGCAUGUUUGGGUGGGGGUGUCUUUUGCGUUAUCAUGGGAACUGAGGCCAGUUUUGGAAUUAUACCGGAGAGAGAAAAAAGCUUGCCAAGGAUAGCAUGUGAGCAGUCAACAAGAAAAGAUGAAGAGUAGGAAUACAGAUUUUCUAAAUUAAAGAAGUGAACCGGAGUUUAUGAGAAAAGUAAAUCAGCACCCCACCACAGUUCCAAUCAUCACACAGGAUGAAUGGAACUACUGAAUAAGCUGAUAGCAGUCAUCUCAUGAAAUCAUGAAAGUAGCUUUGUUCAAUUAACUCCUAAGCAGUCAACUGUGCGUCUGGUGCUUGGACCAACCUGUUAAAAGAUCUCCUAAAUCAUUGUACUACGCAUCUAAGCAUCUGACAGUUUGGAUAGUUGAUGUAUGUGUUUCCCACUCAGCUUGUGGCUCUUUCUGGGUUCUCCAGUUUUACCCUUGUUGCUACUCCUGUGUCUGUCUCCCUCCAAGUCAACGGUGCUACCAUCAGCUCCACCACGCAGGCUCGCUGCCUAGGUGUUCUCUUUGACUCCGAUCUCUCCUUCGCGACUCAUGUUCAGUCUAUCACCAAAUCUUGCCACUUCCAUCUCAAAAACAUUGUGCGCAUCCGACCCUACUUAACGCCAGAUGCGAGUAAGGUGUUGGUCCAUUCCACUGUCUUUUCUCGCCUUGACUACUGUAAUUCGUUUCUCAGUGGUCUUACGUGCUCCCAACUUGUGACAUUACAGUCCAUAAUGAAUGCGGCGGCGAGGCUCAUUUUCCUGUCCACCUGCACCUCCCAUGCCUCACUCUUCUGUCAGUCCCUACAUUUGCUUCCUGUAAGAUAUAGGGCUCAAUUUAACAUUCUGGUUCUUGCUUUCAAAUCUCUACAUAAUGCCCACCUAUCUAUCCUUCCUAAUACAUCUAUCUGGGCCCUUACGCUCUGCUGAAGACUUACGUCUAUCUUCUGUCCGUACUCCCACCUCUGAUGCUUGUCUUCAAGACCUCUCGAGAGCUGCACUGUUCUUGUGGAACUCAUUUCUCUCCACUGUUAGAUGCUCACACAGUCUCCACUCCUUCAAAAAAUCAUCAAAAACCCACUUCUUCUUAAAAGCGUAUCAAAACUGUUAAUAGCUCCCGACUGAUUCCUCUCUUGCAACUGCCAUUAGUCUAAUACUAUCCUUACCUUUUGUGUUACUUUACCCCAUUCCCUCUAGCAUGUAAGCUCACUGAACAGGGCCCUCAACCCCUCUUUUCCUGUGUGUCCAACUUGUUUGGUUACAACUACAUGUUUGUUCGUCCACCCACUGUAAAGCGCUGCAGAAUUUGUUGUCGCUAUAUAAAUAAUAAUAAUUAAGAUCCUCAUCAAGAGCUUUCUCUUCUCAAUUUGCUGGCAGCUAUACACAGACAGAGUGCCUGGAUUUAUUUUUGUUUGCUCUCAGUAUUUAAGACAGGCCUGUGUUUCUAUUUCCUUAGCAUUUACAUUUCUGCUCAAACUAAUUAUGUCCCCCAUCACUGCCUCCAGCAGUCCCUGUAUCCUCGGUAGUUUCUUUUGUGGCCACAUGGAAACUGUAUCCCAGGCAGCUGUCUCCUGUGGGCACUGUAUACUGAGUACCUGUUUCUGACUUCUGCAUGAACGAUAAAAAUCUUUGCUCAUCCCCCGUCCCUAUAAACAUGAUUCCUUAGCUGUUUUUAAUUGUAUAUUAAUUUCUUGCAGUUUAAAAAGAAAAUAUUUUUUUUUUCACAUGGAUUCUACAGUUGCAAGAAAAAGUAUGUGAACCCUUUGGAAUGAUAUGGAUUUCUGCACAAAUUGGUCAUAAAAUUUGAUCUGAUUAUCAUCCAAGUCCCAACAAUAGACAAUCACAGUCUGCUUAAACUAAUAACACACAAAGAAUAAAAUGUUGCCAUGUUUUUAUUGAACACACCAUGUAAACAUUCACAAUGCAGGUGGAAAAAGUAUGUGAACCCCUAGACUAAUGACAUCUCCAAGAGCUAAUUGGAGUGAGAUGUCAGCCAACUGGAGUCCAAUCAAUGAGAUGAGAUUGGAGGUGUUGGUUACAGCUGCCCUAUAAAAAGCACACACCAGUUCUGGGUUUGCUUUUCACAAGAAGCAUUGCCUGAUGUGAAUGAUGCAUCGCACAAAAGAGCUCUCAGAAGACCUACGAUUAAGAAUUGUUAACUUGCAUAAAGCUGGAAAAAGUUAUAAAAGUAUCUCCAAAAGCCUUGCUGUUCAUCAGUCCACGGUAAGACAAAUUGUCUAUAAAUGGAGAAAGUUCAGCACUGCUGCUACUCUCCCUAGGAGUGGCCGUCCUGUAAAGAUGACUGCAAGAGCACAGCGCAGACUGCUCAAUGAGGUGAAGAAGAAUCCUAGAGUGUCAGCUAAAGACUUACAAAAGUCACUGGCAAAUGCUAACAUCCCUGUUAGCGAAUCUACAAUACGUAAAACACUAAACAAGAAUGGAUUUCAUGGGAGGAUACCACAGAGGAAGCCACUGCUGUCCAAACAAAACAUUGCUGCACAUUUACAGUUUGCACAAGAGCACCUGGAUGUUCCACAGCAGUACUGGCAAAAUAUUCUGUGGACAGAUGAAACCAAAGUUGAGUUGUUUGGAAGAAACACACAACACUAUGUGGGGCGAAAAAAAGGCACAGCACACCAACAUCAAAACCUCAUCCCAACUGUGAAGUAUGGUGGUGGGGGUAUCACGGUUUGGUGCUGCUUUGCUACGUCAGGGCCUGGACGGAUUGCUAUGAUCGAAGGAAAAAUGAAUUCCCAAGUUUAUCAAGACAUUUUGCAGGAGAACUUAAGGCCAUCUGUCUACCAGCUGAAGCUCAACAGAAGAUGGGUGUUGCAACAGGACAAUGACCCAAAGCAUAGAAGUAAAUCAACAACAGAAUGGUUUAAACAGAAGAAAAUACGCCUUCUGAAGUUGCCCAGUCAGAGUCCUGACCUCAACCCGAUUGAGAUGCUGUGGCAUGACCUCAAGAAAGCGAUUCACACCAGACAUUCCAAGAAUAUUGCUGAACUGAAACAGUUCUGUAAAGAGGAAUGGUCAAGAAUUACUCCUGACCGUUGUGCACGUCUGAUCUGCAACUACAGGAAACGUUUGGUUGAAGUUAUUGCUGCCAAAGGAGGUUCAACCAGUUAUUAAAUCCAAGGGUUCACAUACUUUUUCCACCUGCACUGUGAAUGUUUACAUGGUGUGUUCAAUAAAAACACGGCAACAUUUCAUUCUUUGUGUGUUAUUAGUUUAAGCAGACUGUGAUUGUCUAUUGUUGUGAUUUAGAUGAUGAUCAGAUCACAUUUUAUGUCCAAUUUGUGCAGAAAUCCAUAUCAUUCCAAAGGGUUCACAUACUUUUUCUUGCAACUGUAUUUUAGAGUGGCCUUUUAUUGUGGCCAGCCUAAGGCACACCUGUGUAGACACCCCCCUCUAAUUAAUUAGGGUCCCAACCUGCCACUCAUGGCUGGGGACCUGGGGGUACAUUAGGGCCCCACCAUUAUUUAUUUAUUUUGGGUCCCCAUCCGUCGCUGAUGGCUGGAGACCAGGGGAGACAUUAGGUCUCCCCAUUAGUUAUUUAAUUAAGGUCCCCACCCAACAGUCAUGGGUGGGGGCCUUAGGGGGACAUUUGGUUCCCCCCAUUAUUUAUUUAAUUAAGGCCCCCACCUGACGGUCUUGGGUGGGGGCCUGGGGGUGGGCACUAGGUCCCCUGUUUAUAUUAUUAGCCCCACCUGUGACUCGCGCUAUGUCACCCCCCACUUUAGUUAUUUGGGUUUCCCACUAUGGGGAAACGGGGGGACCUGUGCCAGGUCCCCCCUUAUUGCACUAGUGACUGGGCAGCACUAUCUGCCUUGUCACUAGUAGUUUUAAAUUUGUUUAGGCGACAUGCAUCUACUCCCAGCAUGCCGCGAGUAGGAGCAUGCAGGAGGAUUUAACCUCCCUUUUAUUAAUAUGAUGGUUAGAGUGACCCACAUACUGAUUUAUAUUUAGUUUUAAAUGACAGCAAGCAACCACUGGCUGCUCGCUAUUUAGGCAACAUGCCUCUACUCACGGCAUGCCGCAAGUAGGGGCAUGCGGGAGGAUUUAACCUCCCUUUUAUUUAUAUGGGGGUCAUAGAGACCCCCAUAGGUUUUAAUGCAGUAGUUGGGCAGGAAUAAUUUAUUACAAGGAGGGAGCUGGUAGCGCUGCCGGCUCCCUCCUUGGCUUUUUUUGGUGGGCGCAUGCGCAAUGCUAUUUUCAUCCUAAUGCAGGAAUACGGUUUAUUUUUUUUACCGAAUUUCGUUUGAGAACAAAUGGUUUACAAAUGAAAUUCGGGAUUGACUAAUUAAAUUUUUAUUUAGUACGAAAUCAUUUGUUCGAAAUGAAAAUUUCACUGGUGCACAUGUCUACACCUGUGCAAUAAUCAUGCUGUCUAAUCAGCAUCUUGAUAUGCCACACCUCUGAGGUGGAUGGAUUAUCUCCGCAAAGGAGAAGUGUUCACUAAUACAGAUUUAGACAGAUUUGUGAAAAAUAUUUGAGAGAAAUAGGCCUUUUGUGUACAUAGAAAAAGUCUUAGAUCUUUGAGUUCAGCACAUGAAAAAUGGGGACAAAAACAAAAGUGUUGCGUUUUUUCAAAUUUUGUUCAGUAUAUAUGCACUACCUGAAUGACAUGGCUUGCUAAUUUGCAUAUUCAGGUAGAGUUGCAUAUUGCUAAUUCUGCAGGCAGGAGAGCUAUUUUGUGUUGGUUAUUGACUUCCUUACCCCUUUGUAGAUAUGUUAUUAUAAUUCCCUGUAUAUUUUCUGACAUGUUUUGGUUAUUUGUAUUUUACUAAGUUUGUCACAGCAAUCUUUAUGUAAUAAUCAUAUGGGCUAGUCCCAAGUGAAAUUAAAGCUUUGUAUGUUAGUUCCUUUUGGAACUUGUGUCCUGUGUGGAUUUUUAGGGAUCUUAGUGACAGAGUCUUCAGACCCGUUGGCUCACUACAUGAUCUCUCUGGCCCUGGGAUAAAUCAAGAGAGCUAGGCCUGAGACCCACAAGUGCUUUUGUAAGGUUAAAAGCAAUCACUGGAAGGAAAGUUGCAGAGCAAUAGGCAGAGGGGAUGAUAAAUACCUGGAAGAAGGCCUGCAGAGGUGACGACACCUGCCUGGAAGGAGAGAUGCAGCCUGGUCAGGUGGAAGAGCUCCUGAGAGACCCCAGGCAAGCUUUGACGACUGGGGCAGAAGCGUUCCAGGGUUCCUGCAAGUGGCUAGGAAGUAGAGUGGGUGGAGGUACUCGGUCGAAGUAGAAGAGCUCUGUCACAGAGAUCCUUUAAUCUCCCCUGCUGACCCAUGUAGAGCCGGCUUCGCUGUAAGCCCUUUUUGGGUUGAUGAGAAAAUCAAAGAUCUUCCUCAUUGGCCUGCUGGCACCUAGUUACAGCAGAGGGAGGUAAGGGCCUAGGAGACUCUGUGUUCCUCAAGCGAGCAGGCUGGUUGGAGCAUUGCCUCACGUUACCAUGACAACGCUCCGAUACAGUGCUGACGUUGCAGGAGGACAGGAUAGCCAGCCUGAAGUGGGAGCAGCUGCGGGCUAAAUUGAACAUGCCACCACUGGACUAUAAAAUUAGUUACUGCGGCACUGGUGGGCGGUAAGGAAAUUUUACCAUCAACAAAGAUACAAAAGUGGGCGGCAGGUAUUAAAAGGUUGACUAACCCUUCACUAGACCAUUCCACUCAGACCAAAAUUAAAUCCACUUUUGAAUUCACAGACUAGUACUUAACCAGGGUUAUAGCAGUCCAGCCCCUCAUAGUAAUAUAACACAAUCCUUUUUUAUGCUGGACAUGUUGGAUUUGUUCCCCUCAAUAAUGCGGCAGAUCUCAUUUAUGUUGCCAAAUUACACACAAUUAGUAAAAGAAUGCAUGCUCACUCAGUUUGUUUUCGAUUAUUUGUAUUACUGUUCUUUAAUUCUUUUUAUUUUAUUAAAAACUAUCAUUUAAAGUAUGUUAACCAAUAAGUCAUCAAGUUUCCACUUUCAAGUAAUACCCGUGAAUAUCUUACGUAUUAUUCCUUCUUGCUUCAUGACAAUAAGAGUUUAAAACUAAAAUUAGAGGGGUGGAGCCAAGCAGCAGAGCUGAACGGUCGCAUGGCACUAGAGCUCCUGAGAAUAACCGCAAUAAACACCCUAUUCAGGGCACAAAAAACGACCACAACAGCUACACACAUUAAGGGUCUGUUGGGGAAUCAAUAUGGGUCGAAAGACCAAAAAACAGAAACCGCACCAGCCCAGACAAUGCUUAGACAUCUGAGCCAUGUGGAGACAAGCCCACAGAGCAACUAGGCCCAAGAUGUCCGACUACCCGGAGACAUGCUCUAAAUUAUCGAAUGACUUCUCCCUGGGUGAAGAUACACCCAAAUUACCCAGCUUGAUGGCAGCCACACGACAACCCCCGAGCCCUGACACAGCACCAGUGACCAUAGCGGUGCUCAAAAGCCUUUUGGCAGACCUCCAAGCCACAAUCCAGUCAGAUAUGGCUAACCUCCGCACGGACAUACAAGGGCUGACGGGAAGACUGGGCACCCUGGAGACUGCCUCCGCGACCAACACUACCCACAUCCCCUCCUUACAACAGGAGAUCAAGGGCAUACAGAGCCAAAACAAAGACUUUGAACGAAGAUUCACCUCCCUAAAGGAUACAAGGCGGGUGAAUAACCUGAAAGUGAGGGGUGUACCUGACGACAUCCCGUCAGCCGAACUGCCGCACCUCGCACCAAGGCUCCUAACGGCGCUAUUAUCGCCGCGGCAAGCUAAGGCCAUCACACUGGACGGUGUCUUAACGGCCCCAAAGCCAGCCAGAGCCCCAAAAACGGCCACCCGAGACCUCAUAAUCCGAUUUCAGCAAGGGAAAGAUAAAGCGGCAACACUGGCAGCAGUCAAAGAUUGCUCCUCAUACUCAUUCGAAGCGAUGACACUAUCCUUUUUUGCAGACCUAUCUGGGGGCACACUAGCCUGGAGGAGGACCCUCAAGCCAUUUACCUCGCUCCUGAGACAACAUGGUGUCCCAUAUCAAUGGUACCUUAACCACACCAUAUCCAUCAUAAAGGGCGACGAGAAACAUGAGGUCAGUGACCUUCAAGGUGCACAGGAACUGUUGCCAGCACUGGGACUCCCUCAAGAUGCUCUGCAGCACACAGCACCUGCCGGUCCAUCGCACAGAUGGGAUCCAGACAACGUGACAGCCUUCGUACCAAGACAACCCAGACGAGGCCCCUAUGCGAUGGCCACCACAUGAGGGUUCCCUCAUGUGACAUUCCCACCAAGCUAAUGUUUUUACUUACUUUUCAGUUACUUACCUUACUUUCCUCUCUAAAGUUAAUGCCUUACUAUCACACACGACAGCAGCAACACAGCUCAGCUGCUAUAAUAUGAUCUGAAUUACAACCAAUAGAUUAAAACUCUCCCCCCCCGCCCUCCCAUCUGCCUUAAGCGAAUAUGGGAUGAGGCAUAUAACAAAUAGGGACACAGAAGGUCAACAUUUGACAGCUAAGUCUAUACACUGAUGGCCAAAGAGAUUCACAACAACCUAGCAGUGACAAGAGAUGCAAGCGACCAGCUCAAUGACUCACGAAGUAGCCUAGCAGUCUAUAGCCAUACCCAAUGUAUAUCACACACUAGACACGCACACUUGACUGUGAGGCCUACCUUGCACUAGAACCAACUCAACUGUAAACUAGAAAAACACAAAAUGCGUAACUAUAUUAUAGCCAUGUCGUAACCUGUGAUUUUAAUAUGUGUUCCCCAGCUGUUGUGGCGUUGCACACUCUUGUAAUAUCAUACGCAAUAAAAAUAAAGAAUUAAUAAAAACUAAAAUUAGAGUAUGACAGGGGGGGGACAGAUGAGAACAGUAACUGAACUUACCCCCAAGUAUCUCUGUCACACACAAUCACUAUGAGUAAAAGGUACAUACAGGUUACAUUAUUCCUGCAUAGUACAGCAAUAAAGUGGUUAUUUUUACAGAGGGUUGCUGGAGCAUUAGGCAGAAAGUGGAAUAUGACUGCAUUUAGCUGAAAGUCUCAUUCUCUCAAUUAUUCUAGUGAGUUAGAGGAGACAUGGACUCGUCCUCCAUUCAUUUAAUGACACUGAAAAUUGUUUUCUAAAAAGGAGAGUUGGGGACACAGGGGUUGGGGACAGGGUCUACACUUUUCUCAAAAGUUUCUCUGUCACUUUAAAUAACUGUUACUAAUACAGAGACUUAGGUCUCCGUCAUUAUUGUAAAAUACAGAAGUAGGGAGUUGAUUUCUUUUAAUUAUUAUAUUAACAUUAUUAUUAGAAAGUUGGAGGUGUUAAGGAGGUGUCGACAUUAUUAUUACUAUUCUUACAUUCAGACCCCUCAUUCAGGAUUACAUUGAGUGUCAGAAAUAAGGUGAGAAUCCAAACAGGACUAUUUACUAAAGUGCGAAUUCAAAGUCAUUUUAAGGCCAAAUUAGUGGAACUGGAAGCAUAGCGGACUUUGAGAAUUGUUCCUUUUUGGCUAUUUUGACCUUAAAUUUGAAAUUCACUUUGAAUGCACACUUCAGUGACUAAAGCAUGAAGAUUUACAUGGUGCUUACUAAAGUGAAUUGCUGGAAACUCAAAGUUAAUUUGCCAAAAUAGCCAAACUAAGCACAGAAUUGUCUUGGAGAAUCUUUCUAAUGUAUAUUUUGCCCUAAAUUUAGAUUUUCACUGUUAAUUCACUUUGCAUUUUGGUGAAUAACCCCCAAUUGUACUCAUUAAAUGUAGACACCAAUGGAUUAAAUAAUGUACUGAGGGACUAAUGCAGGAUUUGCUUUUACCUUCAUGUGUUCUUUUCACUCAUGUUAAGAGAUGUGGCUAUAAUAAAUCUAAAUGUGAAAUUAUUUUUAUUUUAUUUUAUUGUCUCUAUGUGCAUGGAAGGUGGUAUCUUGCUACAGGCAUCUGGCAGUCUCUGUUGGGGGGUCAUCAGAUAAUAUUCGCCUUCGAGAUGAGCUGAGACGCACUCGUGAGAAGGCACAGGAGCUGGCAGUGAGUAACAGGAAUAAGCUGACCUCAGCACUUCGGAACAAACAGCUUUCCAAAGAAGACCGUGCGGAUUUAGAGCGUCUGUGGGUGCAGUUUGCCUGUUCGGUGGAGCUUUUUCACACUGAUAUGUGCAAGGUCUAUGAGCUGGGAUUGAUUACUUCUCUGUCUGCAACUCAUCAACCUGCAAUACAGACAGGUGCUACAGGUAAGAUCCAUUCAAAGAAACAUAUUUCAAAGGCUAGAAAAAUGUGGGAAUCACAACUGUUGGGCAAGGCAAAAAUACUGAAAUGGCAUAACAGGUUAAACAUGUAAAUGGGGAUAAGCUAAGAUUCACAUGCCUCAUCUUUUUGUGGCUACUGGCAAUUCUCAUUACAAACGCCCUUUUAACAUGACUGUAACUGUGGUGGGGGUCACAAAUAUUGUAAAAUCAAAACAUGCUGGGGAAGCAGAUGCCUACUUUAUAACAUAAACCUAGCUGUCUAGUUCUCUACCUAUUUUUUUUAUAUUCCCUGUUUCCUCACUGUUAUUGUUCACUAGGUACACAGCUUCUACAACAAUGCAACAAUGACUUUACUGAGGUGUGCACAGGAUUACUCAAAAAUCCUGUGUGUAAUCCCACCAUCAAUUUAGAAAGCACAGUCCUGUGAAUCAACCACUCUCUCCAUAUAAGGGCAGCUCACCAUCCCUUAUACACAUCGCCCACCAAUCACAUUUAUCCAGACACUAUCUUACAUACAAGAAGAUACACUAUUGGGUGGAUAUACACAGUACACUGGCAAACUACCUAAAAAAUACUGAGGCCCAAUAGUCUCUCCUACUCGCCCUGCAUUUCAGAUCUGUGAUGGAGAGUUAUAGUUCUUACACUUCACUGAGAACUCACUGCACACUCACAUAAGGCAGAUACAGACACUUGACUUUUUCCUGAAGCGCUAGGGUUUUUUUUUUAUAUAUAUGUAUAAAAUCUGUUUGAGUGUGUGUAUGGCAAUGUGUAUUCUUGUAUGUGUGUAUUUCAAUGUAGAUUAAACAUGCAACAACCUUUAGAUAUACCAAACAGAAUCUACAAAGCUUAAAAACACAACUUAUAGUGUAGCAUAUAAACUUACAAAAAAAAGUAACACAGAUAUUACAGAAGUGUUCCACUAGCAUACUGCUGAAUUACAGCUGACUCAGACUUAAAGGAACACUAUUAGGUCAGGAACACUAACAUGUAUUCCUGACUCUAUAGUGUUAAAACCACCAUCUAGCCCCCUGCCCCUCCCCUCUUAAAUAUAGUAAAAUCUUACCUUUACUUCAGUCUGCUGAAGUACCUGAUCUACCUGCUUGGCUGAUAUCAUAAGACGUGAUUCUCUCAGCCCAUCACAAUGCUUUCCCAUGGGAAAGAAUUGGAUAGACUGAGACUGCCAAGGAGGCAGAUCAGGGGCAGAUACAGCACAAGCCAAACACAGCCCUGGCCAAUCAGCAUCUCCUCAUAGAGAUGCAUUGAAUCUAUGAGGAAGUUCAGUGUCUGAAUGCAGAGGGUGGAGACACUGAAUGGCAGUGCUGGACAAUGUGCAGCAUUGUCCCCAGGAAUCACCUCUAGUAGCCAUAUCAGUGGAGGUAUCCCUAGGCUGUAAUGUAAACACUGCCUUUUAUCUGAAAAGAAAGUGUUUACUGCAAAAAGCCUGAAGGGAAUGAUUAUACUCACAAGAACAAAUUCAAUAAGCUGUAGAAGCUGAGAAAUAGAGAUCAGGAUUUUAAAUAGUUAAAACAGAUAAAAAUAGAUUAUUUUUUUUUAAAAGCGGAACUAUAUUAGAUAAGUAGUGUUAUAUCAAAGUCUAGUUUUAAACCAUUGAGAGUUACAGCGCUAAGUUCAAACAUCCACUAAAUUUCUACCUAAAUUAUUCACUGUAUCACUACAGUGAGGGGAAAAAAUAUUUGAUCCUCUGCUGAUUUUGAACAUUUGCCCACUGACAAAGAAGUGAUCAGUCAAUAAUUUUAAUGGUAGGUGUAUUUUAACAGUGAGAGACUGAAUAACAAAAAAAACAAAAUCCAGAAAAAAGCAUGUCAAAAAAGUUAUAAAUUGAUUUGCAUGUCAAUGAGUGAAAUAAGUAUUUGAUCCCCUAUCAAUCAGCAAUAUUUCUAAAUUUAUACAGAUUUAUACAGAUAACGAGCUGCAAUUAGAGGGAGUGCUCCUAAUCUCAGCUUGUUACCUGUAUAAAAGGCACCUGUCCACAGCAGCAAUCAAUCAGAUUCCAAACUCUCCACCAUGGCCAAGACCAAAGAGCUGUUCGAGGAUGUCAGGGACAAGAUUGUAGACCUACACAAGGCUGGAAUGGGCUACAAGACCAUCGCCAAGAAACUUGGUGACAAGGUGACCAGGGGCGUAUUAGCCGCGAGGCAAACAAGGCAUUUGCCUUGGGCGGCAUUUUUCAGGGGGCGGCAAAAAACGCCGCCCCCCAAAUGCCCAGGGAAAAAAUGUCUUGUUAGCCUCGCGGCUAAGAGACAUUCUGGGCGCUGGGCGGGCGGCCGGCGAGGGAGCUCUUCCCCUGAGCGCUCUGCUCAGCUCCCUCGCGCGCCGCCAGCAGAGUGUGGGUUGAUGACGUCAUAUUCCGGCUCCCAGCCUCACUCUGCUGGCGGCGCGCGAGGGAGCUGAGCUGAGCAGAGCGCUCAGGGGAAGAGCUCCCUUGCCGGCCGGCCGGCCGCCCGCCCGCCCGCCCUGCAGCCACAGGACCCCAGGACCCCAGGGAGAGGAAGAACCCCCCCAGCAAAAGUAAGGAGGCUGGGGGGGUUAAAUAAAAAAACCAAAAAAAAACACUAGUGAGUGUGUGUAUGUCUGCUAGUGUGUGUGUGGAUGUCUGUUAGUGUGUGUAUGUUAGUGUGUCUGUUAGUGUGUGUCUGUUAGUGUGUCUGUUAGUGUGUGUAUGUUAGUGUGUGUCUGUUAGUGUGUGUCUGUUAGUGUGUGUCUGUUAGUGUGUGUGUAUGUUAGUGUGUGUGUGUAUGUUAGUGUAUGUUAGUGUUAGUGUAUGUUAGUGUUAGUGUGUGUCUGUUAGUGUUAGUGUGGAUGUCUGUUAGUGUGGAUGUCUGUUAGUGUGUGUGUUUGCCUGUGAGUGUGUGUGUCUGUUAGUGAGUGUGUGUUUCUGUUAGCUAGUGAAUGCGUAUCUGUCAGUGAAUGUGUGUGUGUGUAUUUAGAAGGCGGAGCAGGGGGGAAGGUUGGGUGGCGGUUGCGCGGGUGGGGGUGGCGCGCGGGGGGGGGUGCUUGAGUUUUGUCCUGCCUAGGGCAGCACAAAACCAGGAUACACCACUGAAGGUGACAACAGUUGGUGCGAUUAUUCGCAAAUGGAAGAAACACAAUAUAACUGUCAGUCUCCCACGGUCUGGUGCUCCAUGCAAGAUCUCACCUCAUUGAGUUUUAAUGAUCAUGAGAAUGGUGAGGAAUCAGACCAGAACUACACUGGAGGAUCUUGUUAAUGAUAUCAAGGCAGCUGGAACCAUAGUCUCCAAGAAAACAAUUGGUAACACACUAUCCCGUGAAGAACUGAAAUCCUGCAGCUCAAGGUUCCCCUAUUUAAGAUAGCACAUGUACAGGCCCAUCUGAAGUUUGCCAAUGAACAUCUGAAUGAUUCAGAAGAGAACUGGGUGAAAGUGUGGUGGUCAGAUGAGAACAAAAUUGAGCUCUUUGGCCUCAACUCGUCGUGUUUGGAGGAGGAGGAAUACUGCCUACGACCCCAAGAACACCAUCCCCACCAUCAAACAUGGAGGUGGAAACAUUUUGCUUUGGGGGUGUUUUUCUGCUAAGGGGACAGGACAACUGCACCGCAUCAAAGGGAAGAUGGACGGGGCCAUGUACCGUCAAAUCAUGGGUGAGAACCUCCUUCCCUCAGCUAGGGCAUUGAAAAUGGGUCGUGGAUGGAUAUUCCAGCAUGGCAAUGACCCAAAACACACAGCCAAGGCAACAAAGGAGUUGCUCAAGAAUUAGCACAUUAAGGUCCUGAAGUGGCAUAGCCAGUCUCCAGACCUUAAUCCCAUAGACAAUCUGUGGAGGGAGCUGAUGGCUCGAAUUGCCAAACGUCAGCCUCGAAACCUUAAUGACUUGGAGAGGAUCUGCAAAGAGGAGUGGGACAAAAUCCCUCCUGAGAUGUGUACAAACCUGGUGGCAAACUACAAGAAUCGUCUGAGCUCUGUGAUUGCCAACAAUUGUUUUGCUACCAAGUACUAAGUUGAAAGGGUCAAAUACUUAUUUCACUCAUUGACAUGCAAAUCAAUUUAUAACUUUUUUGACAUGCUUUUUUCCGGAUUUUUUUAGGGUAUUCUGUCUCUCACUGUUAAAAUACACCUACCAUUAAAAUUAUAGCCUGAUCAUUUCUUUGUCAGUGGGCAAACAUUAAACAUCAGCAGGGGAUCAAAUACUUUUUUCCCUCACUGUACCUGUCCAAUGGCCUUUAACUUGCUCAAUUUCAAAAUGCAUUCCCCAUUAUGCUUCUCUGAAAAAUGGUAUAUCCCAAGGAGAGUAAUGAUGUUGCAUAUUUAAUAUUCUCUGUAUGGGAUCUGUGCACUUGCACCUGCACUUGUUUUUUACAGUGUACUUGUUUGUUGUGUGGAGUGCACUUAAAUCUCACCUAUUUGGCAUUUCCCUCCUCUGCACAUAAUUAUUGUUUUGUUUCCAUAUUUCAAUGUAUAUCUCUUAAUGUAAUUGUGUGUGUCUGGCAAUAUAUGUGUGUGCCUAUGUGAAUUGCAUUUUGUGUUUGUAUGUGUGUGUCUAGCAAUGGGUACCUGUGAUUGUGUGUAGGAGUAUGUGGAGGUGUCUGUCUGUAAAGCCUGCAUUAAAAAGAAUGACUAAUUAGUUAGAGUGGACCUGGAUUCAUAUUGGGCCAGGAAGAAUUACUUACAUUUUAACUGCAUCCCUCUUCAGCAUUCCACUUGUGGUGACAUGAUAGAAGCAGACACAUUGCAUUAGCCUUCACUCUGAGCAUACACUGAAGGGAAAAUAAGAGUCCUAACUAAAAAGAAAAACAGAGAUCAGCAGGUCUUUAUGAGAGACACAAAAGUUCAAGUUAUCAAUAAAUCUUUACAUGCUCUUUCCCAAGAAUAUUACCAUGUGUAUCCUAAUUGCACAAAUUAGCCUCAACACCAGAAAAGGGCAUGCAGCUAUAUAAACCAAGACCCUACCAUUACUAGGCAAGAUCACCUAAGUAAAAAGCACAUUCACGGCCACCUGAAAAAAAAAAAAAUGUACAUAAAUGUAAAAACACGUAUUUAUGUGGAGAGAGAAUCCAGCUAUACUGAAAUAAACAUCAUAGACAGAAGAAGCUGUCAAAUAAACAUUUAAGAAAACAAAUAAACACUGACACAGCAUCUAUUUAAAUACUGUCCAAAAAAAACAAUGCAAUGGGUUCUUCUCAUUGGUGGCAUUAGGGUUGAGAGUGUAAAUAUAAAAGGCCUCUUGCCUCAGGUAUUCCUUGUUCUUAUCUACCCCCAGAGGGAAUCACAGCACAUGGUUAUUUUCAAUUAAUCUAAAUAUGGGUAUAUUAUGUCCAGUCUGCUGAAAGUAUUUAGCCACUGGGGGUGCAAAGUACCCAUUUUUGGAGGGGCUGCAGUCCUUAUAGAAGAUUGAUGCCCUCUAAUCCUCUUACAAAAGUCAUUAGUUGUCUUGCCAAUAUAAGCCAACCCGCAAUAGCAUCCUCUAAUUCCACCUACCACAGGCCACUCAGUGUGUACCAACAGAUCCAUAAGGUUGAUAUGUACAGCUUAUGAGGUGGGUCUAUGGUAGGAAGGGAUCUUCCCUCAUAAUGCUCCAGUUCUCAUGUGUCCUCUUAGCUAUCUAUCUCGAUGCAGUAUUGAAAGCUUAUAUAAAUACGACGUUCAUCAUGUUAGUUAAUUGAGGUGUAGAAUCCAACCUGUAAUGCAUAAAAAUACCUAUUGAAUGUUAUUAUGAUGGUGUGAGAAGAUCUGUGGAUAAUUUCAAAGUCUGUCGCGAUCUUUCAUAGUCUUCUAUUUUAUUUUCUACUCUCACACAUGCACAAGAGUACAAUGUUGAUAUGACCCUAAUAAGCGGGAAGACAGCAGAGAAUUUAUGGGCAGUGUUUCAACCCCAGGUGCCAACAUCUCAUGCAUAUUUCACUAGGGAGAACUUAGCCAAAAGUAACAGGUCUACUUUAAUGGGGUAAAGUUAUCAGAUAUCAAAACAAGACUCCAGGGUGUAGUCAAUGUAGGGGCCAUAGGUGGGUUCCAUGGGCUUAAACCUAGGUGAUAAAAUGUUGACUGCUGUCUGAAUCCUAUAUUUUAAAAAAGCAUUUCCUGCCUGAUCAUGGCAACACUCAGAUGCUGAUUAGAUGUGAGCUAAAGAUUCUUAGCAGCCAAGGUGCCAAAUAUUGCCAUCCUGUAUAACACAAAAAUGUCUUUAAACCCUUCUUGGUCAGAGGUUUUUCUGGUGAUUAGAAUGUACAAUACUAUUAUAUCACUCAGUGUAUUUAUAUCUAAUCUCACUUCACCUUUCUAGUGACCCAGAGUACAAAUGUGCCUAUCCUGUAAAAUACUCUUAUCUUCUUAUACAUUCUAAAGCGAUGUGAGCCACACUGUUAGCCAAGUUAUUCAAAACAGGUUUUUUCUGACUUUCAAGAAUACAGUGCUACAAACAUAAAUAUAUUGUAUACUUGCUUUGUGCUCCUUUUGUGUAUGUUUUUUUGUAAAUAUAAUAUCUUAAAACAGUUAGUAGUUUCAUAAAUUGUUAAUGCAUAUAAUUCUUAAAGGAACACUAUAGGGUCAGGAACACAAACAGGUAUUCCUGACCUUAUAGUGUUAAAACCACCCUCUAACCACCCUGGCCUCCUCUUGCCUCUCUAAAUAUAGAAAAUUCUUACUUGUAUUUAAGUCUGACGCUACUGUGUUUGCCUCUGAACUGCAUCUUACCUCUGAAAUCAUCAGAAGUGUUAGUGUAAGCCAAUCACAAUGCUUCCACAUAGGAUUGGCUGAGACUGUCAAUGAGGAAGAUCAGGGGCAGAGCCAGCACAAAUCAAACACAGCCGUGGCCAACCAGCAUUUCCUCAUAGAGAUGAAUUAAAUCAAUGCAUCUCUAUAAGGAAAGUUCAGUGUCUGCAUGCAGAGGGUGGAGACACUGAAUGUUGUGAUGCACACUAGGCUGGACUGCCCAAGGAAGCACCUCUAGUAGCCAUCUGAGGAGUGACCAGUGGAGUUAUUACUAGGCAGUAAUGUAAACUAAAAAUUUUCUCUGAAAAGACUGUGUUUACUGCAAAAAGCCUGAAGGGCUUGGUUCACCAGAACACAUGCAAUAAACUGUAGUUGUUCUGGUGACUAUAGUGUCCCUUUAAAAUAAAAAAUAUUUCAUGGAAACUAUAAAUUAAGUUAUGCAUUAUUUACUCAUGAAAUACACAUUUACAUAAAGUACACAUUAAGUGCAGUUUUUUUACUACUCAUCAAUCAAAAUAUUAAAUUACAGAACUUCUUGGAGCUAAGUAUAUUAGUAUUUAAUGGAUCUAAUUUAACCGUUAUCUCAUGUAAAACCAUCCUAUCACUAGAGUCCCUGGUUAAAAUCAAAAUAAUUCUAUAUCUUAACAAAACUACAUAUCAAAUAUUUCUGUUGUUAAUGCAAGAAGCAGUCUACAUUACUUAAUGUAGAUAUAAAGCAUCCUUUUUUUUAUCACUGAGGCAGAUCUAUCUGGUUCCCCCAUUUUGCAUAUUUAUGUUGAUGGACUACACAGCAGUAUGUAGAAUUGAUUAUUAUGCUACAGGAUUUCUCAAUUACCAAUUCCCUUGUGCAGCUCUUCAGUAUUUAUAAGUGAUAUGUACUCAACAAAACACUCCACCAUCAUAAAAUGUCACCAUCCACCACUGUGGUGUGUUAAAAAUGCAAAUCUCUGUAUUAUCUUGUGCACAGAAAAAAUAAAGAAUGUAAAAAAAAAUUUUUUAAAAUGCAGAAACAAUUUUUUUUUAAAUAUUGAAAAAAAGAUUCUCACAUUUGAAGGUUCUGCACUUUUGGCAAAAGGUAAUGCAUUGCAGCUCUAACAGUGAGCUUUGCCUAGGCCAGGAAAAGACUCAGACAUUCAUAAUGCUUAACUUCCAAUAGCAUUGCUGAGCUUAUCCAAAAAAAUAGUGCUUUAUGGACACAGAGAAGGUUUUGGUGAAUUGUAGUUCAAAUGGCAGGUGUAUACUGUAGAAUACAGUUAAACUAGAACUCCCAGGAACAGGAUAUUACCACCUAAACUUUACUUAAAAUUCAAACUUAAAAAAUAACAUACAGACUACAUUUCUUGCUAUAGUGAUUACAUGAUGUAUAUAGAAAUACUCAUGAUUUUCUUCAAAACCAUGGCAACCUAGCCAAACUGUACAUAAAAGUGCCCAUAUAGACCCAAACAUGGGACAGGGUGGCCAAUUUUGCCCAGUGUCAGGAUGUACUGGGUACACACUGCACACUCCUUGUGCCAGCCUUGGCUGCCAGAAAAUCAUGACACUCUGCAAAGUAGUAUUAUUGGCACAAGAAUUAAAAUAUUGAAGGUCGGAAAUGAUUUAUGGAAAUAGGGAACUUAGAGAGCAAAUGUAAAGAAAUCUAAACUAAAGAAGGUAUUAAAAAAAAACAGCAUAAAAGCCACAUAUUGCAUCUAUGUGUGGGUAACCCCAAGAUACCUUUUAAGAAAUGGGUGCCAACAAAACGCUUCUAGAGCCAGGCCAUUACCACCCCAUCUCAUUACUGAAUGUAGAUAUCAAACUAUUUACGAAAAUACUUGCCAACUGCUUGAACCCCUACUUACACAAAUUAAUUUAUCCAGAUCAGGUAGGAUUCAUUCCCAACAGGCAGGCUAGCGACAACAUCAGGCGCACAUACAAUCUCAUUUGGAUGGUGACACACAAGAAAACCCACACUCUACUCCUAUCGCUCGAUGCUAAAAAAGCAUUUGACCGACUGCUCUGGCCAUUCUUGUUCGCAACUUUGGCAAAUUCAGGUUUCCACGACCCUUCUUAAAUGCCCUGCAAACAUUAUAUGCCUCCCCCACAGCCAACCUCCUACUGCCGCUUACCCAUGCGCCAUCACAAUGGUACAAGACUACUACAAUCACUCAGACAUCAUAAAGACACAAUGGGAAUCACAAUCCGCACAGAAGAAUACAAAAUCGCAGCCUACGCGGGUGACCUACUGGUAACCAUCACCGACCCCACUAACUCCAUGCCGCCACUAUUAGCUGCCCUACAGGACUACGCAACAAUUUCAGCUGAACAAAGAAAAAACGGAAGCCCUACCUAUCCACAUUGAACCACACCAACACCAUGCACAUACCCAUUCAACUUCACAAACACAGAUAUGAGAUACGUGGGGACCCGUAUCCCAAAAGACCUGACACUAACAUACAAGCUCAAUUACACACCACUACUACAAACUGCGUCACAAGAUCUUAAAUCCUGGGCAGACCUAUCGAUCUCAUGGAUGGGAAGAAUGCCAUCUGUCAAAAUGAAUCUACUGCCCAGAUUGCUCUACCUGUUCCAGGCAUUGCCCAUACAAAUUGCCACUGCCGAUUUCAAAGCCCUACAAACCCAAGCAGACAGAUUCAUAUGGGCCAACAAAAAAGCCAGAAUUAAAUGGGCGACACUCUACCUACCAAACAGAUCUGGGGAACUGGGCCUCCCUCACUACAUACAUUACUAUCACACAGCGCAACUAACACAGGUACAACACCUACAGGGAGUGCAGAAUUAUUAGGCAAAUGAGUAUUUUGACCACAUCAUCCUCUUUAGGCAUGUUGUCUUACUCCAAGCUGUAUAGGCUCGAAAGCCUACUACCAAUUAAGCAUAUUAGGUGAUGUGCAUCUCUGUAAUGAGAAGGGGUGUGGUCUAAUGACAUCAACACCCUAUAUCAGGUGUGCAUAAUUAUUAGGCAACUUCCUUUCCUUUGGCAAAAUGGGUCAAAAGAAGGACUUGACAGGCUCAGAAAAGUCAAAAAUAGUGAGAUAUCUUGCAGAGGGAUGCAGCACUCUUAAAAUUGCAAAGCUUCUGAAGCGUGAUCAUCGAACAAUCAAGCGUUUCAUUCAAAAUAGUCAACAGGGUCGCAAGAAGCGUGUGGAAAAACCAAGGCGCAAAAUAACUGCCCAUGAACUGAGAAAAGUCAAGCGUGCAGCUGCCACGAUGCCACUUGCCACCAGUUUGGCCAUAUUUCAGAGCUGCAACAUCACUGGAGUGCCCAAAAGCACAAGGUGUGCAAUACUCAGAGACAUGGCCAAGGUAAGAAAGGCUGAAAGACGACCACCACUGAACAAGACACACAAGCUGAAGCGUCAAGACUGGGCCAAGAAAUAUCUCAAGACUGAUUUUUCUAAGGUUUUAUGGACUGAUGAAAUGAGAGUGAGUCUUGAUGGGCCAGAUGGAUGGGCCCGUGGCUGGAUUGGUAAAGGGCAGAGAGCUCCAGUCCGACUCAGACGCCAGCAAGGUGGAGGUGGAGUACUGGUUUGGGCUGGUAUCAUCAAAGAUGAGCUUGUGGGGCCUUUUUGGGUUGAGGAUGGAGUCAAGCUCAACUCCCAGUCCUACUGCCAGUUCCUGGAAGACACCUUCUUCAAGCAGUGGUACAGGAAGAAGUCUGCAUCCUUCAAGAAAAACAUGAUUUUCAUGCAGGACAAUGCUCCAUCACACGCGUCCAAGUACUCCACAGCGUGGCUGGCAAGAAAGGGUAUAAAAGAAGAAAAUCUAAUGACAUGGCCUCCUUGUUCACCUGAUCUGAACCCCAUUGAGAACCUGUGGUCCAUCAUCAAAUGUGAGAUUUACAAGGAGGGAAAACAGUACACCUCUCUGAACAGUGUCUGGGAGGCUGUGGUUGCUGCUGCACGCAAUGUUGAUGGUGAACAGAUCAAAACACUGACAGAAUCCAUGGAUGGCAGGCUUUUGAGUGUCCUUGCAAAGAAAGGUGGCUAUAUUGGUCACUGAUUUGUUUUUGUUUUGUUUUUGAAUGUCAGAAAUGUAUAUUUGUGAAUGUUGAGAUGUUAUAUUGGUUUCACUGGUAAUAAUAAAUAAUUGAAAUGGGUAUAUAUUUGUUUUUUGUUAAGUUGCCUAAUAAUUAUGCACAGUAAUAGUCACCUGCACACACAGAUAUCCCCCUAACAUAGCUAUAACUAAAAACAAACUAAAAACUACUUCCAAAAAUAUUCAGCUUUGAUAUUAAUGAGUUUUUUGGGUUCAUUGAGAACAUGGUUGUUGUUCAAUAAUAAAAUUAAUCCUCAAAAAUACAACUUGCCUAAUAAUUCUGCACUCCCUGUACAUGCCCCAUACAGCAUAAAGCGAUGAUUUAGACCUGCAGUACACAAUAUUCGGCAGAGAUUUCCCAUCCCUCUACGUCUGGCUAUCCAAACAAGCUAGACCACACUUACCCACCACCACCCCAGCACUACUAAACUGGGAUAAUAUCUGGGAUAGGAUUACGACCAAAUGCUCAAUGACAUCCACCCACUCCCCACUCACACCAGUUCUACGCAAUGUGCAGUUCACCUCUGGCAUGAAACCCCAGCAUUUCUCCAGAUUUGAGGACAACGACCUCAUCCGCUUCUACCAAUUUUUCCAAAACCAAACACUACUCCCCUUCUCAGGCCUCCCCCAACGCGCACCAUUAACCACAUUUGAUAAUUUCCGUUACAUCCAAAUUCGCAGCUUCCUGGACACACCAAUCAAUAAAGGAGCAGGCACCAUGAAACUCGCCCCCUUCAAAAGAGCCUGCAUGACCUGCCUGAUCCAAAAAAGCCAGAUCCCCAUCCUCUACACAACCAUAAUCACAUCCUACAAUGAGGGUUCGCUAACAUAUGUGUCGGCCUGGGAGAGGGAUUUGGAACCCCACCCGAACAUCCCUCGGACUGGGGAGACAUAUGGGAGGCCACGAUCAUGCUAUCGAUAUGCGUAAAUCACAAGGAACAAGAGUAUAAAACACUAAUGCGCUGGUACCUCAGUCCCCUCCGGCUCAAAUAAAUGGGCAUCUUGAACACUGACCAGUGCUGGAAAAACUGUGGGGGAAAGGGCACCUACCUCCACAUCUGGUGGGAAUGCACCUAAAUAGCCACCUAUGGCUCCAAAUAUCACAAGUAGCAUCCAAAGUACUACAUACAAACAUCCCACUAGACCUAUGGACAUGGCUCCUUUCAAGACCUCUCAAAAACACCCCCAAAUGCCAAAAUAAGCUAAUAGCUAGAAUCGCCCUGGCAACAAGGAGGGAUAUUGCUGAAACAUGGGCCAGGGCCGAGGUACCAUCACUACAAACGGUGAUGCGUAAAAUAGAAGACGCCAGGAAGAUGGAUCAAUUAUCCACCCUGGUACAUGACACCACCCCCCAACUUUGAAAAAAUCUGGGACCCAUUGCUCUACGAGUCCCCUCAACCCACGUGAGGGCCCCGGGUUGACAAGAGAUAGAAUAACCACAGCCUAACCUGCUCCACCCCCCCUUCAUCCCAAAGACUUUAAUCCCUCCACUCCACCACAUCUGGAUAACCCACCACCACCCUCCCCCACCCCUCCUUUUUUUCCUUCUCUCUUUUUCUUCUCUCUCUCUCCUUCUUCCCUCCUCUCUGUCUUCUUACUCCCCCCCGUGCUCCUAUCCCCCUCAACUUCUACCCCUCACUCUGUGUUCUCCCCACCCCCCCCAGCUAAACCCUCCCCACCACACACUUACACAACUACACCCCCUGCCUCUUCACACCCCCCCAACACACGUACACACACCACCACCCACACCAGACCUCGGUCAAGCCUACAUAUAUCCCCACCACUCAACCAUGAUAUUUGCAAAAUCUGUUUCACCCUAUUGUACAGAAUUGUAUAAGAAAAUAUCAGAAUGCACAAGCUCAAGCUAACAUAUCAUGCAGAGUUAAUAGUUUAUGUAUGGAUUAUUAUUCUGUGUACAUAGAACUGGCAGACAGAUAACUCCGUAAUUAAUGAGCUUACUCUGUCUGCACACAGAUCUUCAUUAAAACAUUGGCAUAUGUCAGGCAAAGCACUUAUGGUUCAAAGUAAAUCUAGUGCAUGCCAAUUAUAUCUUUACUUUUUUUAUUGAAAUCAUUAUAUUCAAUUUUUUAUUUUAUUUUUCAUUUUCAUUUUUCAAGGGAGUCAUAGCUAGCUCUUACUUGUAGGUAAAAACAGAAGAGUUUGUUAGAUUACUGAUCAGCACUAUAUCAAAAUUAAAAUUAACUACAUUUAUUUAAAGGGACACUAUAGUCACCAGAACCACUACAGAUUAAUGUAGUGAUGUAGUUGUUCUGGUGUCUAUAGCAUAUACAAAAUGCAACCGUUAAAGGACCACUCUAGGCACCCAGACCACUUCGGCUUAAUGAAGUGGUCUGGGUGCCUGGUCCAGCUAGGGUUAACCCAUAUUUUCAUAAACAUAGCAGUUUCAGAGAAACUGCUAUGUUUAUCAAUGGGUUAAAGGACCACUAUAGUGCCAGGAAAACAUACUCGUUUUCCUGGCACUAUAGUGCCCUGAGGGUGCCCCCACCCUCAGGGACCCCCUCCCGUCCGGCUCUGGAAGGGGGAAAGGGGUAAUAACUUACCUUUUUCCAGCGCUGGGCGGAGAGCUCUCCUCCUCCUCUCCCCUCCGUCCGCCCCGCCGGCUGAAUGCGCACGCGCGGCAAGAGCUGCGCGCGCAUUCAGCCGGUCUCAUAGGAAAGCAUUUACAAUGCAUACGCUGGCGCUCUCGCUGUGAAAUCACGGUAGAAACGCAAGCGCCUCAAUGGCUGUCAAUGGGCAGCCACUAGACACUUAACUAUUCAUAAUACCAGUUUCUCUGAAACUGCCGCAAUUAUGAAAAAAUAAAGUUGCCUAAGGAUUGGGCCAGACCACUUUUAAAGCUGAAGUGGUCUGGGUGCUCAUCCUUUUAAGCCUUCCCCAUUCCCUCUGGUAGGCUGUCUCAUUGACAGCCACUAGAACGCUGCGAUGCUUCUCACUGUGAUUUUCACAGUGAGAACCGCCUCCGUCCAUAGAAGCAUUGAGAAUGCUUUCCUAUGUGACGAAAUGCGCGCUCUUGCUUGUGAUGUAUUCAGCCGGCGAGUGAAUCGGAGGAGGAGAGCUCUCCGCCCAGCGCUGGAAAAAGGUAAGUUUUAACCCCUUUUCCCUUUCCAGAGCCGGGCGGGAGGGGGACCCUGAGGGUGGGGGCACCCUCAGGGCACUAUAGUGCCAGGAAAACGAGUAUGUUUUCCUGGCACUAUAGUGGUCCUUUAAUAGAAAAUAAGCCACUGCCCCAGCACAGGGUGAUAUAUGGAAAAUACAUUGUAAUUAUAUUGUAACUGAUAACAAUACACCGCACUCUGAAGACUUAUAAAGGAAUUGAUAAGAAGCAUAUCCUUGCUAUGUACGUUUAUAAAAAAAAAACAAAAAAAAUACUUACUUUACAUAGCACGUCCAGACCCGAAUGUGUGACAUGGACAUAUAUAGAAAAAAAAGUCCCUCAACAUAAUAGCAAUUAAAAAAAGCAGAAAAGCAUUCAGUGUUUCCCUAAGUUAUAUUUUUUUGUUUUUCCUUAUUCCACCUGGUGCAGGGACUAUUUUGUAUACAUGUCCGUGUCACAAGUUUGGGUGGGGACGUGCCAUGUAAUGUAAGUUUUGUUUCUAUAGCCUGUCACUCUUUUCAGUGUUUUUUCAGAGAAAAGACAGUGUUUGCAUUGCUGUUUAGUAACACCUAUAGUGACAAUGAAAAUCAAAUAGAACAUAUGCAGAGAGACAAAAUAAUUACACUCUUAAAUUAAUUGAUCAGAUGGGAAGUAUCACCUAAAUAUCGAUCUAUACAGAGUGGUUAACUGAGUCACUAUAUACUACUUUUAAAAGAAAACAAAGCUGAUAUUUUGAUAUAUUAAAAAGAAACAAAAUUUGAAUAAAAAUUAAAAAAAAAAACAUAUUCCAAAAAAUAAAAAAAGUUUAAAAAAGAGCAUAAAAUGUGAACUAAUAUUCCACAAAGGGAAUUUAUUCGCACCAAAAAAAAUGGUUCCUAUAUGAACAAUAAAAUAGGUAUAUUGAAAAGCAAAAUAACAAAUAACAAUGAAUGAUAUAAGAAUUUCAUACAAUACACAAUUAGCUGGGUAAGAGUACCAAUCCAAAACAGUAUUAAUAUGAAUAGUCAGUCUCAAUGGAAACUUAGUAACAAUCUAGUCAUGGAAUUGCCACACAAGUAAACUGUAUCCACUCAGUGGAUUGUAAAUUUUGCAGCAAUCUCUUCCCCAAGCUACAGUUUAUGAUGAACUGUAGCAACUAGGGUAACAUUUACUUGUAAGGACUAGAGCACCCAGGACUGAGUGCCAUCCAGUGCAUGGGGGUGUCCUUUCGGCUCAAGGAGGGAGCAGUUCCAGGACCACAGUCAAGCCACGGUGACUGUGGGCAGAAGUGCUGCGGUUUGUCUCCUGAAGUGGUCCUUGGCGGAGGUACCCAGCCAGGGGUACAGGGAGCUCCGUUACAGUUGCCUAAUGACAAUCCCUGUUAUAGUACUAUAUGUGAAUCAACCACUUAGUACAUCAUCCCAUUUGUUGUAGACAAUUAAACCGUUGAUAUAGGUUUAUAUAUACAGAUUGGAAUAUUAGUUCAUUUUUUGUGCUUUUUCAUAGUUUUUAUUUUGUAAUAGGUGCUUUUUUUGAUUGAUAAUUUUUGUUGUUUUACUUUUUACUUCAGAUUCUUUUCUACCUCUGGUUCCAGUCACUCAGACGGUUACAAGAGGUGCUUCCUAUCUCAGUGCUGUAUUGUGUGCAGUACCUACAUUCAGUGUCUCCAUGCUCUGCAUGGAGACGCUGAACUCUCCCCACAGAGAUGUAUUUUGCGCACUAGCCUCCCAAUGCUGUCAUAUGGGAAAGCAUUAGAUUGGCUGAGAGCUUUAAGAUUCUUUAUCUCAGCAAUAGCGAUAGGGCCAUUAUUAGAUGUUUUAUUUUAUACAAUUUUAAAUGUUGCUAUGUCGCAGUUGCAUUUUUAUUAUUUGAGUUGGGAAGUAGAACUGAAUUUUUAUUGGAAUUAGAUAGCGUCUGGCAGUUCAAGCACCCGACAUGUAAAUCUGGCCAGAUUUACCAGGUAGCACAGAAUAGUUCAAAGCCUAUUAAUAUUACUGUUGGCCCUUGUAUUUUAGGUCACUGGAGAUGAAUGGUUGGGUAAGUACCUCCAAAGAAACAUGUCUUAUUUGAAACUUACUACUUUCCUUGGGAGGAAAAUAAUUUGUUACUAAAUGACAAAGUUGUAUAAAAUAAAUGCUGUUAACUUGUUACAUUGAAUGGUUUAUUUAAUCUAACAUGAACUACUUUUUUUACUUUCUUUACUUGCAGGCAGUACUUCUGCCAUUGCCGCUAGGGCUCUAAGCGUCCAGAACAUCACCUACAGUGAUUCCCCAACUAACAAAGCAAACCGGGAACACAAAGAACUGGAGGAUGAAAUUCUAAAAGUGGAUCAGAUGAUCACAGACAUGGAGAUGAAAGUUAAUGUUUUAAGGUGGACUGUAGAAGCAAAUGCAAAUAUGAAUGAUGAGCUUGAUAAUAAUGAUUUCUCCUCAGUGACUUUGCUUUCUGUGGAAGAAAGAGAGUCUCGACACUGCUGCAAUGGACAACAGUUAAUUGUGUCUCUGCUUUUGUGUGGAGUAACUUUAAUAGCAGUUACACUUUCAUCAGUGCUGUAAAUAUGGUGGGGCAUUCUCGGGACUGUGUGAGUUAGUGCUGGGUCCUUUGAAAUGAGAAUAAUACAAAAAAUAUACAAUUUUAUUAGAACGAAUGUGUCAAAUCUAAUAAUUUAUGCAAGAGUGUUUUAACCCCUUAAGACCGCAGGGCGUUCUAUGCCGUCCUUAUUUAGAUGGCUCUAAAAGCCGCAGGACGGCAUAGAAUGUCCUGCGAUCUUAUGUACUUACCCGGUCGCCAGCGAUCUCACGCCGGUGAUCGCAGAAUGGAGACUCACCUGGGAGCUCAGGGAGUCCCUCUUCGGCCCCCCUGGGCCAUGUGAUCGUGAGGUCUUUGCGAGGACCUCGCGAUCACAUGGACGGCAUAGCCAUCCAAGGAAUUGCCAGCAGGGUGAGUGCUCCCCCUGCUGUCUGAAAAAAAUAAAACAGUUUAAAAUAGUUGAAAAUUAAAUUAUACUUAGAUCAUAUAUAUAUUUAUUAUAUAUGUGAUCUAAGUAUAUAUAUAUAUAUAUAUGUAUAUAUAAAUAUAUAUAUAUACACAUAUACACUCAUACACAUACACUGUCUACGUGUAUUUUAAUAUUAAUAUACACAUAAUUAUAUGUGUGUAUAUAUAUAUAUAUAUAUAUAUAUAUAUAUAUAUAUAUAUAUAAUCAAAAUACACAUACAAUGAUAUUGAUUAAAUAUAUAUAUAAUUUUCAUUAAGGAAUGAGAAUUAUCCCCAUGAUGGCAUACCAUUUGCAAUAGUAGACAACCCAGGGUAUUGCAAAUGGGGUAUGUUCAGUCUUUUUUAGUAGCCACUUCGUCACAAACACUGGCCAAAAUUGGCGUUCAAAUUAGUUUUUUGCAUUUUCAAAUAUUAACACUAACUUUGCCCAGUGUUUGUGACCAAGCGGCUACUAAAAAAGACUGGACUUACCCCAUUUGCAAUACCUUGGGUUGUCUACUUUUGCAAAUGGUAUGCCAUCAUGGGGGUAAUUCUUAUUCCUGAGCUACCAUAUGAUCUCAAAGGCAACGUAACCAAUCUGGUGAAUUUCAAUGUGAAAAAAACGAAAAAUGUAACACGCUAUAUUUGACCCUGUAACUUCCCAAAACACCAAAAAAACUGUACGUAGGGGGUACUGUUUUACACGUGAGAUAUCGCUGAAUACAAAUAUGUGUAUUUUAUUGCAGUAAAAGCAAACAGUAUUUUGACAUUCACAGUUAAAAUGUCACGUAGAACUAAGAACAUUUUGAAAAAUCUUUUUUUCUCCCUUUUUUUAUAUUUUAUUCAUAUUAAAUUAUGUUCCAUACGUUUUGUUUUGAUUACAACUUGUACAUUUAGCUGCGGUCUUAAGGGGUUAAGUAAUAUUUAAAAAAGACCAGUUAAGGCCCACCAUCACUUGGCUGGAGUUCAUUGUAAGUUAAUUCCAUGGUUAAAUUUCGCACAACAUGGCAACUAAUAGACAUGCAAUAUAGCUCUACCAUUAUCUGAGAUAAAUAUAAACUAUUUACAACUGCACUCCCCAGCUGAAUUCUACAUGACUUCACCAUAAGCUGUAUCAUAAUAAUGUACUCUCUUCUUAGUCAAGACUUUUGGGUACAAACUGAUUAACCUUAGAAAUAAUGUGAAUAAUUUGGCAAGCAGUGUGUGCUCCAGCUGAUCACAGACAAAGCUAUGCCAAGCAUAUGUGAGUUGCACUCAGGGUUAGGAUUUGUGAUGACAAUUUUGAUUGCAGAAUUUUUUUAUUUUAAUGGUUUUAGCAACCAUUCUUAGGGCAUAAAAGUUCUCUCAGAAACUGUACUUCCAAUAUCUAUGACUUUCCUAGCCCUGAAUUCCCACCUUCCUACUGCGAUUUAGUCACUCACAAAAUAAUGAAACUCUCAGAAGCAUCCUAAUUUUAGGGAUACAAGCAUGCAUUCCUAAUGCUAGAAGAAGAAAAUAAUGAGAUUAACCUAUAUUUAGUCCCCUGGCACCCUGGCUCACUGCAGCAACCUCUCCUCCCCAAUUGAGAUUAUCUCUGGUUACAGACGAUUUCAGUCAAAACAAUGCUACCCCAUAGGCAAAUAUUGGGGCGCUAAUAUGCAUGUUCGAUAAUGGCCACUCUGCUCUAAUCAGCUUAUCUUGAAGGAGCACUAUAGGGUCAGGAACACAAACAUGUAUUCCUGACCCUAUAGUGUUAAAACCACCAUCUAGCCCCCCUUGCCUCCCUAAAUAUAGUAAAAUCUUACUUGAAUUCAAGUCUGCAGCUCCUGGCUUUUCCCCUGUCUGCCUCAGACCUGCCUCUGUCUGCUGACAUCAUCAGUAGUGGUUAUCUGAACCAGUCACAGUGCUUCCCCAUAGGAUUGGCUGAGACUGUAAAGGAGGCAGAUCAGGGGCAGAUACAGCACAAGUCAAACACAGCCCUGGCCAAUCAGCAUCUCCUCAUAGAGAUGAAUUGAAUCAAUGCAUCUUUAUGAGGAAAGUUCAGUGUCUGCAUACAGAGGGUGGAGACACUGAAUGGCAGUGCUGCUUACUCUGCACCACUGCCCAAGGAAGCAGCUUUAGCAGCCAUCCACAGGAGUGGCCAGUGGAGUUAUCACUAGGCUAUAAUGUAAAUACUGCAUUUUCUCUGAAAAGACAGUGUUUACUGCAAAAAGUCUGAAGGGAAUAAUUAUACUCACCAGAAAAAAUGCAAUAAGCUGUAGUUGGUCUGGUGACUAUAGUGUCCCUUUCAUAAAGAUGCAUUGACUCUAUGUAUCUCUAUGAGGAUUGUUCGGCGCUGAACAAUGGUCCUGCAAUUAGGAACCACAACCAGAAAAGGCAGUGUUUAUACUGCAGGGGAAAACAUUUUUACUGUAGAACUACGACAUUAAGCUGUAGUGAUUCUGGUGCUCAGAGGGUCCCUUUAAAAAAUACCAUCGCCAACUAGAUUGCUCCUCUUGACCACAUACUCCCAUUAACACAUCCCAAGUGUUGUUUCUUCCAUGGGACAAAGAAUACAAGCUUCCAGGUUCAUCAUAAUCUCUGUUAGGCUGAUAAAGACCCAAAAACCGCUGCUGUGACGACAAAAGAAACACAAAAUCACCAACAGAGAAUAUAUAACAAAUACACUUUCAAAGCUGUGCACGUGUAGAUUCAUAUUUCUUGUAAGCUUCAACUUGUGGUGCUCUCCGUGUAUGAAUGAAGGAGAAAAUACAUAGCCUAAGAAUAGUUUGGCACCUUAUCCAACAAAUGACAGGACAAAGGACUGCACCCUGUCUGCCUAGUAGAGAUCUGGAGGGCCACAGUCAAGUAUUGUACAUCAUAACCAUUCGACUGCUCAUUUUGGUCAGAUUACCAUCACCUAACAUUCCUAUUCAUCAUAGUGUCCAGCAGUCUAGAGAGAACCCACAAUCUGCUACAAUGUGUUUGAUUAUGUUCUCUGUGUGCUGUCCUUUUAACUCCUACCAGUUUUCUAUGCAGCAAUGCAGAUGUCUCCAGGCUGGCACCUUAACCCUUUCACAAGACAAGUCCCAAAAAAGGAAACCAAAAGGACUAAAAGUUGUCUAAAUUGCCCCACAUAUCAGUGGAAAGAUAUAAAGGAUGGGAUCCAGCAAAUGCAAUUAUGGGUCUGGUGUGUGACAGAGAGAUCAGAAGCUGCCAAAUACAUGAUACAAAGAUUAUGCUAUUCUAUCAGUGAUCCCAUUUGUUGAACAACCUUAUGUGGAGUGGAUAAGUUAUCAUUUUAACAAGAAAUGUUAAGAUUGUAAGCAUUUUUGCGGUUAAAGGGAACCAAUCACUAAAAAUCAUAUGUAUUUGUCUUGUGUUUAAACUAGACUCAUAUAGAGAAUUAAGUAAUUUGUUUAUAUAAGUAAUAGUUUAUGUUAAAUGUUAUUCUUUGAUUUUGAAAUAAAGAUCUAUGUAUUUUUUCCCCAAC